UGGCCCCACAGAGGCGGCACCGACAGCGGCGUCCUCCAGUCAGGACUGAAUGAGCGGCGGCUCCCCAUCCCGCUACUCACGUCGCGCAGACACCGGAAAGGGGAGCCACCACCCACACUUUACUUUAGUUUUGUGGUUGGAGGGGAGGGACGACUGAGAGUUACACAUGUGUUGUUUUUUGUUGUUUUUCCCCCUCCACCUACCGUCAUUUUGUUUUUGAGUGAGUGUGAGUGAGACACUUUGGGCUAUGGCUUCAUCCGUGACCGGGACAGAGGAGGUCCGGGUGUCGGCGCUGACGCCUCUGAAGUUGGUGGGACUCGUAUGUGUCUUUCUCGCCCUAUGCCUGGAUGUCGGGGCCAUGCUGAGCCAAGCGUGGGUCACGGCGGAUGACCAGUACUACCUGUCCCUGUGGGUGUCUUGCUGGAAGCCCGUCAGCUCCGAGGAGUGGUCCUGCAACAGCUCGCUGGCCACCGACUGGCAGAUCGCCACCCUCGCCCUGUUGGUGGGGGGAGCAGCCCUCACCCUGAUCUCCUUCCUCGUGGCACUGAUCUCCCUGUGCUUCGGCUCGAGGAGUCGCUGCUACAAGCCCGUGGCUGUAAUGCUGUUGUCUGCAGUGGUGCUUCAGGUGUGCAGCUUGGUCCUGUUCCCCAUUAAGUUCAUAGAAACAGUCAGUCUGAGGGUGUACCAUGAGUUCAACUGGGGCUACGGGCUGGCCUGGGGAUCCACCAUCUUCUCAUUUGGAGGGGCCAUUCUCUACUGCCUCAACCCCAAGAACUAUGAAGACUACUACUAGAAACAUGUCAGACAAGAGGAAAAAUCCAUGACUCAGUGCUUCACUCAGUUUCCACCCAAUUUCUCUACAGUGCAAAAUCACUGAAAAUAAGAAAAACAAAUGUAUCUUAACAGCAUCUGAACUGGGCAGGCAUUCUUCUGUUUGAUACUGUGAACUUGCUGUCUUAAAGACUAAACUUGCAUAUUGGACAGAUGCCCAUGAGCCCUUUUUAGGAGGUUUGGCAGCAAGCCCAGCUGUAAAAAAGAAAUCUAACAUCGGGCAAAGGAGAGGGUUUGGAAGAGAAUGUCAUGAUAGGAUUACUGUGUGUUCCCUUUAAGGGUAACUCCAGUUGGUCUUAGAUUUGGGCAGAAAAUCUGAAGGGAACAGAUGGCGUCUAUGACCCCAUACCAGCAUGAAUCUGUGUACUAAUAAACCAGUCAGAGCAGAGAAGGAAAGAACUGAUGUAAUGCCAGGGCAAUGUAGAGAGGAAGGUGUCCUAUUGACGUGAUAUCCUGAUGAUGACAAAGUGAGGAAGACAGAGCAGCAUGCUAGAUUUCCCCAGAUACUCCACAUCUGGACCUUGGCCAAGCCUCCUUCCUCCUAUACAGAUAAACAGCAAAAACAAGUGGACCGACUUUUUCUUCUGAACUGUUUGAAUCUAUUAAAAGGGUCAGUGGUACUAAUAACACAUAAGAGCUUCCUAGGAUAAUACAUUCCACAUAUACAGUAAUAAUGCAGACAUUCAGCAUAACCAGUCACACCUGCUGUUAAUAAAAACAAUGUAUUAUAUGUAAGUAUACUUUAUUAUGCAUAUUGUACAAUGUCCAAUCCAGACAGUGGGAAGAUGGCAAAUGACCAUGAAUGCUGAGUGCACGUUUGCAUUAUUCUCAGACUUCACCAUGUGAUGCAUCCUUAUCUUCCCACUCUGCAAGAAAUGUGAAUAUUCUUAGAACACGCAUCGUUAAGGGCGCAUUUGUUUCCAUAUAAAGAAAAAAAAAAUCACGGAAAUUGAAGUCUGUGAACUCUGUUUUGUCAUCCAAGUUAAAUUCCAUAAUCAUAGUGUUUGAGGGAAUAAUGGAGUGCAAAAUGUGGUGCAUGACUAGUGAGGAAGACUGUAGAAAGGGCAACCUCCACUCACCUCUUCAAAUCUGGUUCAUGGCGGUCAUCAGCUUCUACCUUUUGCAACAUUACUAGAGUGUUCAUGAAUGCAACUUCUGUCCUCUACUGUGUUUCUGAUUACCACUAGUUUAAUUACCAACAUAAUAAACGUGUACUGG